ACACACACACACACAGGUGAACUCAGGAGCCAUGAUGGCUCUCGUCCUCUUCACUGUCGGCUCCGUCUUCUUUCCCGGACUCUUCCUGGUUUUUAAAUUGUCCCUGAGACACAUGAUGGGAUGGAGUGACGGGGACACCACUGUCCUGUCUGCACGACUGGUGUCGUCUGUCCAGGCCGUCAUGGCCGCCUCUGCUGGACUCAUCAUCGUCUCGUCCUGCACCGACGUCAUGGACGACAGACAUUGGCUGACUGACGCUUACGUACUGUUGGCCACGCCUUACUUUGCCUACGACAUCUACGCCAUGUUCCUGUGUCACCGCCACAAGCUUCAGGUCAAAGGGCACGAGGAGGCGGGGACAGUGGUCAGUUUCCUGCGCAGAGAAGUUCUCAUGGUUCUUCACCACGUGUUCAUGGUGACCUUCUGCUCCCCAGCAUCACUGCUGUGGCGGCAGGGUAAAGGUGAUUACUUCCAGGGUGUUUUGUUCCUCGCUGAGCUCAGUACGCCUUUCGUCUGUCUGGGGAAAGUCCUGAUCCAGUAUAAGAAGCAGGAGACGCUGCUGCAUAAAAUCAAUGGAGUCUUGAUGAUGGUCACCUUCUUCUGCUGCAGAGUUGUUCUCUUCCCUUAUCUCUACUACACUUACAGCAGACACGCCUCCAUGCCGCUGUACACAGUGCCCCUUGUGGCGCCGUGGCAGUGUAACAUGGGCGUGGCUCUGCUGUGGCCCCUGCAGCUCUACUGGUUCACCCUGAUCCUCAAGGGGGCGCUGCGCCUCUUCACUAAACACUCAAACACACCACCGCACAGGGCUGCUGUGAAGCUCAAUGAAGGCGGGUCAUGAGGUCAGAGGUCAUCGCUGUGUCGACACCAACAAAGAACAACGUGGAUUAAGGACUCCUCAGGUUUUGGUGAAUAAAACUGAUGGAAAUGUGACGACUUGAGAACUGGAGGCAGAAAUGUUUCCCCUUCAUCACAUGAUGUGUCUGUGCUCCGCCCCUUCAUCACAUGGAAUGUCCGUGCUCCGCCCCCCCACCACCUACAGGCACCAAGAAGAACAGCAGUCCAGGAUUUCGAGAAUCUAUCAGAUUUACACCACUGAUGAUGGCAUUUGUUUCAGCUGGUUUUUAAAAGUGUUGUGUUUAGUAAUUCCACCACCAGACAGAAGGGGGCGCUCCCAUUUAUACUCAUGUUAAAAUAAUUUGUGUUUCCCGUCUUCAGUGGAGAUGAUAAUGAAGCCGAGUUUUCACUGCCCUCCUGUGACCACAAGGAGGAACUGCAGCAGUUAAUUCAAAACAGUGGUAAACUGUAAAGUUAUUUUCACUGAUAAAAACGUUACUGUAUGUAGAGAAAUUGUAAGUGUCAUCUAAAACAAAAACAACCAGAACAUUUGA